AUGAGUGAGGCAAUUGCUACGAGUUUUUGGGCCUCUUCGGAUGUUGGGUAUUCUUAUUCUAAUUCGAGAGGUAGAUCGGGGGGUUUGCUCUCCCUUUGGAAUAAUGUGAAAAUGGAAGUUUUAUUUAGUUUCAGUGGUGAAGGUUUCUUGGGGAUAAAAUUGAGGUGGGAUUAUAAGCUUUAUUAUGUGAUUAAUGUGUAUUCGUCUUGUGACUUUCAUAAAAAGAAGAUUUUGUGGGAGAAACUUUUAUCUUUGAAGGAAAAAUUCAAAGAUGGAGAAUGGAUUGUGGGCGGGGAUUUCAAUGUCGUGAAGGAUGUGAAAGAAAGAAGGGGCAAAGUUGGAAGUGUUAAUAAUAGAGAGGCGGAAUUGUUCUCGGAAUUCAUUGAUAAAUCUACUUUGGUGGAUAUUCCUUGCAAAGGUAAAAAAUUCACUUGGUUUAGAGGGGACGGGAAAGCGAAAAGUAGAAUUGAUAGAUUUCUUUUGUCUAGUGUUGUUAUCGAUAGAUGGGAGGUGGUUGGUCAAGUGAUUGGAGAUAGAGAUAUUUCGGACCAUUGUCCAAUUUGGAUUAAGACGGAUAAUGCCAAUUGGGGUCCCAAACCAUUUAAGUUCAAUAACGAAUGGUUUUCUUUGGAUUCUUUUUUACCUUUUGUGGAGAAUGAAUGGAAGAGUAUGGUGGUGGAAGGUAGAGGUGAUUUCGUUUUGAAGGAAAAGCUUAGGAUUUUGAAAGACAAAUUAAAGGCGUGGAACAAGGAGGUGUUCGGGAAGAUUGAGUUGGAGUUGGAGGAGUGUGUUUGUAAUAUUAAUAAGGAGGAUGACAAGUUGGAUUCAGAUUCUAGUCCUUCGUUUAUUGACAAUCUUGAUUUGAGAAAGGAGGCAAGCGGUAAUUUUUGGAAGAAUCUAAGGAUUAAGGAGAAUAUGAUUAUUCAAAAAUCUAGAUCUAAGUGGCUUAAAGAGGGAGAUGCUAAUAGCGGUUUUUUUCAUAAAGUGUUGAAGCAAAGAAGGAGUCAAAAUCACUUAGGGCCGAUUCUUACUCCCGAAGGAUUGAAGGAGUCGGUGGAGGAUGUUAAAGAAGCGGUUUGGAAUCAUUUUUGUUUUAAAUUCUUGGAAACGGAGGAGGAUAGACCGGUGUUGGAUGGUAUUCCUUUCAAUGCUAUUAGUGCGGAAGAAGUUAUGGAUUUAGAAAACCUUUUCUUGAAGUAG